AGGAGGACAAGGGCGCCGCGCCGAUGCUCGUCGCCGCCACUGCCGCUGCCGCCGCGCCGAUCUCGAUCUCCACCGCCUCGCCGCCGCCGCUGCCGCCGCCGCUGGAGCACAGGAUUUCACAGCCGGAGCAAUCCCCGGAUCGAUCAUGUUCUCCCCGGAGCGGCAGCAGCAGCGGCAGCAGUGAAUCGAGGGAAAUCUCACGAGCACAGGCAAGUGUGUGGGCUUUGCGACUGCUAGAUGCGUAGGCCGGUGGCGCGAGGAAGGGAAAUCUCGAGCAAGAAGGGGUUUUUGGGCAGCACAUCCUAAAGAAGGGUUUUUGCUUGCUACCACCAGGCAGUCCAGACAUGGUCAACAUAAAGCUCAAGCAAUUAAUUCGCAAGCCGUCGUCCAGGAAUGAUAGCAGCAUUGAGUCCUCGAUUGGCGCUCCAGCUCCUCAUCCAGGCGGCAUAAUGCCGGGCUCUACCAGUGUUCCUUCCAAUCCUGGCUCUCGAUCUUCGUCUUCCUCCUCCGGGCCGGUGAAUGGGCUCCUCCCACUGACCAACUUUGAGCCGCUGCCGCUCUUCCGCGACGUUCCCAGCUCCGAGAAGCAAUCGCUCUUCGUCAAGAAGCUACAUUUGUGCUGCUGCGUGUUCGAUUUCACUGACCCCUCCAAGCACACGCGAGAAAAGGAGAUCAAGCGGCAGACACUCCUGGAGCUCGUCGACUACGUCACCUCGGGGUCGGGCAAGUUCACCGAGAACGUCCUCGAGGACAUGACCAAGAUGGUGUCGGCCAACUUGUUCCGGAGCCUGCCACCCUCGUCCCGCGAGAACAGUGCCGUGUCCGAGAGCUUUGACGAGGACGAGGAGCCGGUCAUGGACCCGGCAUGGCCGCAUUUGCAGAUCGUCUACGAGUUCUUACUCCGCCUGGUGGUGUCCACCGAGACCGACGCCAAGGUCGCCAAGCGCUACAUCGACCACUUCUUCGUGCUGCGGCUGCUGGAUCUCUUCGACUCGGAGGACCCCCGAGAGAGAGAGUACCUCAAGACCAUCUUGCAUCGGAUCUACGGCAAGUUCAUGGUCCACCGCCCCUUCAUCCGCAAGGCCAUCAACAACAUCUUCUACCGGUUCAUCUUCGAGACGGAGAAGCACAACGGCAUCGCGGAGAUGCUGGAGAUCCUGGGCAGCAUCAUCAACGGGUUCGCGCUGCCGCUCAAGGAAGAGCACAAGCUGUUCCUGGUGCGAGCUCUGGUGCCGCUGCACAAGCCAAAGUGCGUGGCCAUGUACCACCAGCAGCUGUCGUACUGCAUAACGCAGUUCGUGGAGAAGGACUGCAAGCUCGCGGACACGGUCAUAAGAGGGCUGCUCAAGUACUGGCCUGUCACCAACAGCCAAAAGGAAGUCCUCUUCUUGAAUGAGCUGGAGGAGGUACUGGAGGCGACGCAGGCGUCAGAGUUUGAGCGCUGCAUGGUUCCCCUGUUCCGACAGAUUGCCCGCUGCCUUAAUAGCUCCCACUUCCAGGUAGCGGAACGAGCACUCUUUUUGUGGAACAACGAUCACGUCGUGAGCUUGGUGGCACAGAACCGGCAGACGAUACUGCCACUGAUCUUCAGUGCGCUGGAGAUGAACAACCGGAACCACUGGAACCAGGCGGUGCACGGGCUGACUUGCAACGUCCGCAAGAUGUUCUCGGAGAUGGACCCGGAGCUGUUCCAGGAGUGCCAGCGGAAGUUCCAGGAGGACGAGGAGAAGUCCAAGGGGAUCGAGGAGAAGCGCGAGAUAACGUGGAAGCGGCUCGAGGCGGCGGCGGCCACCAAGGCCGUGAGCUCCGAGGCCGUGCUGGUGAUGGGAAUGGCACCGUCGUUUAACCAGCAGAGAACCAUGGUAGGCGUCUAGAAGAUCGAGCCCAGCGUUCCCUGUUCUUGUUGGAGGAUCUAUCUCCACUGACCGGCUGCCCUGUAAAUCGCCACCAAUCCAGAGAACCAGUCCCGGUGUACACAAAAACCAGUAAGUUCGUCCGAGAGAACCGGUCGGUGUCGAUGAACCAGAGCUUGAGAAGAAUACUGCGGCUGGAGUUGUUUGAAUAUUUACUCCUGUUUAUUGGUUGUUCUGUGUGUGUUUGUAGAAAACAACGCUCUCCCCUUUCUAUACGAACCAUCCUCUUUCUAUA